AAUAUUGAAACUUCAAACUUCCAUUCUAGAGUGUUCCACUUUCCUUCCUCACAAUCCUAUAUUUCCAUUACAAUUCACAAUCCUUUAUUUCCAUCUCUCUAUUUUUUUCCCGCGGAAUUCAAUAAAUUUAUUACACAAAAUAACAUAUUUUAUCUGUCUGAAGUCUGAACACUCUUUCCCUGUCCGUACAUGGAAAUUUACAUUCUUGAAUUUUCAAGAUUAGAAAAAAAAAACAUUUCUGGGCCUUGUUCUCAUGAUCUUGACAUGUUAAUCAGUCAUGCUAAUCCGCGUGUAUCUUCCUGUUUAGCGUUGGUACAGUCAAACAUUAGAAAGGUUUCACUUGUCUAGAUCUGUUAUAAAUACACAAACACAUGUUUAUUAUAUUGUGCGUGUUGUUUGGUUGAAUUGAUUGUUGUAAUUACUCUUUUUCAGCUGCCUAUUAUUUGUACAAUCUCUAUGUGUUGUGAUAAACAAUAAAGAUUGUAUCUUUAUUGAAAUUCAAGAAUUGUGUCACUAGAUUCUUGCCGUAUUGAUUGGUUUUUGUCCUGUUUUUUGUGUCUUUUUCUUUCUAAAUUUGUGCCCUCUAAGUGUUUGUGGGGUUGUCUCAUUGUGGAAUUUUUGUUUAUUUAAUAUAUAUAAGCAUUACCUGGUGAAACAUUGAUAGUUUUUCUCGAAAACCCUUUUUGGGUUCUUGAAAAUCUGCUGUUUUGAGUGUGAAGAUUCAAACUUUAUGUUUGUGGUGGAUUGAAUUUGGGGUAAAUUUGUGUUUGAGAGUGAAAAAAUGGCGAAUGGGAGAAGAAAGUUGAGGUUAAGUAAGAUCUACUCAUUCAGAUGUGGGAAAAAGAGUUUUAUGGAUAAUCAGUCUCUGAUUGGGGAACCUGGGUUUUCGAGGGUGGUCUAUUGCAAUGAUCCGAGUUGUUUUGAAGCUUCGAUUAGUAGAUAUCCAGGCAAUUAUGUUAGGUCUACUAAGUACACUCUUGUAACUUUCUUCCCAAAAUCAUUGUUUGAACAGUUUAGAAGGGUUGCCAACUUUUUCUUUCUUGUUGUUGGUAUCUUGGCCUUUACACCGCUCGCUCCUUAUACUGCUGUAAGUGCUAUUUUACCGCUGACUAUUGUGGUUGGGGCAACUAUGGUGAAAGAAGGUAUUGAGGAUUGGCGGCGAAAAAAGCAGGAUGAUGAUGUCAACAACAGAAAGGUUAAAGUACAUAAAGGCAAUGGAGCAUUUGAGCAUACUGAAUGGAAACAUCUACGAGUUGGUGAUAUAGUCAAAGUAGGGAAGGAUGAAUUCUUCCCAGCUGACCUUAUCUUACUUUCAUCCGGCUAUGAGGAUGCAAUUUGCUACGUGGAAACCAUGAACCUCGAUGGAGAAACGAAUUUAAAACUUAAGCAGGCAUUAGACGUAACUUCCUCCUAUCGAAACGACGGUAGUUUUCGGGAUUUUAAGGCCCUCGUCAAAUGUGAAGAUCCAAAUGCAAAUUUAUACUCGUUUGUUGGAAAUAUGGAGUUUGAAGAACAACAUCAUUCUCUUUCUCCUCAACAAAUUCUCCUAAGAGACUCUAAACUUCGAAAUACAGAGUUCAUAUAUGGGGUUGUUAUCUUCACAGGUCAUGACACAAAAGUCAUCCAAAACUCGACCGAUCCUCCCUCAAAAAGAAGCAGAAUCGAGAGGAAAAUGGAUAAAAUAAUAUACGUUCUGUUUGGCAUAUUGUUCCUAAUGGCUUUUACUGGAUCAAUCAUCUUUGGUAUCAAAACUAAAGAUGAUCUUCAUGGAAGCCGUAUGAAAAGAUGGUAUUUAAAACCUGACGAUGCUCGAAUAUUCUUUGAUCCAGAAAGAGCUCCAUUUGCCGCUAUAUAUCACUUCUUGACUGUCCUGAUGCUUUAUAAUGGCUUGAUCCCAAUCUCCUUAUAUGUGUCAGUAGAAGUUGUCAAAGUGCUUCAAAGCAUGUUCAUUGGUCACGAUAUCAAUAUGUACUACGAGGAAACUGACAAACCUGCUUAUGCCCGUACUUCAAAUUUGAAUGAGGAACUUGGUCAAAUUGAUACAAUACUUUCUGACAAAACAGGAACAUUGACUUGCAAUUCAAUGGAAUUUAUUAAAUGCUCUAUAGCAGGAACAGCCUAUGGCCAUGGUGUCACUGAAGUUGAGAAGGCUGUGGCCAAAAGGAAUGGAUCUCCAGUGCGGGUAAAUGGUAAUGAUCAGAAAGAGAAUUCUGCCAAUGUUGAUAUAAAUUCCUACAUCAAAGGCUACAAUUUUAUAGAUGAAAGGAUAACAGGUGGGAGCUGGGUUAAUGAAGCACAAAUGGGAAUCAUACAGAAAUUUUUGCGUCUAUUGGCAGUUUGCCACACAGCCAUUCCUGAUUUGGACCCCAAAACAGGAAAGGUGUCAUAUGAAGCUGAAUCACCGGACGAAGCUGCUUUUGUCAUUGCAGCGAGGGAACUUGGAUUUGAAUUCUACAAAAGGACCCAGACAAGUGUCUCACUUAUUGAGUUAGACCCUGUAUCUCGGGAAAAAACUGAAAGGGUGUAUGAAGUUCUAAAUGUUUUGGAGUUCAAUAGUUCACGCAAGAGGAUGUCUGUUAUUAUUAAAGAUGAAGAGGGAAAGUUGUUAUUACUCUGCAAAGGUGCUGACAGUGUCAUGUUUGAAAGGCUUGCUGAAAAUGGGAGGGAAUUUGAAGAUGAAACUAGGAAACAUGUGAAUGAGUAUGCUGAUGCAGGCUUAAGAACAUUGAUAAUUGCUUAUCGUGAAAUCAGUGCUGAAGAAUAUGAAGCAUUUGAUAAGAAGUUUAAAGAGGCUAAGAAUCUUGUCAGUGCAGACCGGGAAACAAUAAUUGACGAGGCCACGGAGCUGGUCGAAAGGGAUUUGAUUCUUCUUGGCGCAACAGCAGUUGAGGACAAACUACAACAAGGGGUCCCUGAAACCAUUGACAAACUUGCCCAAGCAGGAAUUAAAAUAUGGGUUUUGACUGGAGAUAAGCUGGAAACUGCAAUAAAUAUUGGCUUCGCCUGUAGCUUACUUAGACAAGGAAUGAAGCAGAUACUGAUAAACUUAGAUGCACCUGGAAUCAGAGAAUUGGAGAAAAUGGGAGAUAAAGAUGCUAUUAUUCAGGCCUCAAAGAGCAGUGUCCUCCAGCAGAUACAUGAUGGGAAGAAUCUGAUCAAGUCAUCAAGCUCUGAAGUAUUUGCUCUGAUCAUUGAUGGUAAAUCACUUGUGUAUGCUUUGCAAGAUGACAUAAAGGAUAUGUUUUUAGAACUUGCAGUCAAAUGUGCAUCUGUAAUCUGUUGCCGUUCAUCACCUAAACAGAAGGCACUGGUCACAAGACUUGUUAAGUUGGGAACUGGAAAGACAACACUGGCAAUUGGUGAUGGAGCAAAUGAUGUGGGAAUGCUUCAAGAAGCUGAUAUUGGGAUUGGAAUUAGUGGUGUUGAAGGAAUGCAGGCAGUCAUGGCAAGUGAUAUUGCCAUAGCGCAGUUUAGAUUUUUGGAGCGGUUACUGUUGGUGCAUGGGCAUUGGUGCUACAGGAGGAUUUCAUCAAUGAUAUGCUACUUCUUUUACAAGAAUCUCACAUUCGGCUUCACUGUUUUCUUGUAUGAGGCAUAUACCUCAUUCUCUGGGACACCAGCGUAUAAUGAUUGGUAUUUGUCCCUUUACAAUGUAUUGUUCACAUCACUUCCAGUGAUUACUUUGGGGGUUUUUGACCAGGAUGUAUCAGCACGAUAUUGUCUAAAGUUUCCCUCACUGUACCAAGAAGGCGUGCAAAAUCUCCUCUUUACUUGGCGGCGGAUCAUUGGCUGGAUGCUUAAUGGAAUUUGUAGCGGUAUUAUAAUUUUCUUUCUCUGUGCAAGUGCAUUAGAACCCCAAGCAUACAACAAUGACGGAAAAACUGCAGGGAGGGAUGUAUUAGGCCCCAUAAUGUAUACAUGCAUUGUUUGGGUGGUUAACUGCCAGAUGGCUCUUUCAAUUAGUUACUUCACCUUAUUCCACCACAUAGCAAUUUGGGGUGAAAUAGGUCUCUGGUAUGUUUUCCUCUUGGUAUAUGGAAACAUGUCUUCAACCUUUACAACCACAGGUUAUAAAAUCUUCGUAGAAACUCUAGCUCCGUAUCCAUUUUACUGGCUGAUCACACUCUGUGUAGUGAUAGCAUCCCUGGUCCCUUAUAUUUCAUACAAGUCGAUCCAGAUGAAUUUCUUUCCGACAUACCAUGGAAUGAUACAGUGGAUAAGGCAUGAAGGUCAUCUAGAUGACUCAGAAUACAUCAAUAUGGUGAAACAGAGAUCACUUAAUCGUUCAACUGUAGGCUUUACAGCCCGGACAUUAGCAAGAACGAAUCCCUUGAUUGGAAGUACUCAUCGUAGAAGAUAGGGUAUGUUAUACUGUACUAUACCAGUGUGGGGUGACGAAAGUUCUUCCCUUUUGAAUGGCUGAAUAGGAGCUGUAGAUAUUAUACAGAAACAUAGGUUUAUAGUUAUGUUAAGGUCCGUAAGUUUGUAUACUUUGUCAGAUUUUUCGGAGGCAUUAUAGCUUUUCUGUAGCAGAAAGGGUUCGUAAGUAGAAAUAAAAUGUAACCCGUUUUUGUAGUAA